GUAAGACCAUGAAUUAUGGAAUUUCUUAAAUGAAGCAUUCAGGAAUGAAAUGAGAGAAUGUCACAUAGAAAAUAGAUGAUUUUUAAGUUAUGUCUAUUAAUUUGACUGUAGAUAUAUAUAUUUACCUCCUUAGUAAUGCAAGAAGUCUUUGUGGGAAGCAGAGAAACAAGCAACUGCAUUUCUUGUUUGCAUCUAACCAUUACUGGAGGAUAAGUCACAUCAGUCUACAAAGAGGUUUUCAUACAAGCAAAAUAAGAUGUAAAUGGACCAAAAGUCAAGCACAUUCUUGCAGUAAGCACUGUUACUCUCCAAGCAACCAUGGUUUACAUAUUGGAAUUUUGAAACUUAGCACUUCUGCUCCUAAGGGACUUACAAAAGUGAGCAUUCGUAUGUCCCGUAUUAAAAGUACUUUGAACUCUGUUUCAAAGGCUAUUUUUGGCAGUCAGAAUGAAAUGAUUUCACGUUUAGCUCAAUUUAAGCCAAGUUCUGGAAUAUUAAGAAAAGUAACGGAUAGUGGCUGGUUAAAACAGAAAAACAUUAAACAAGCCAUCAAAUCUCUGAAAAAAUAUAGUGAUAAAUCAACAGAAAAGAGUCUUUUUCCAGAAGAGAAAAGUCAUGUUAUAGAUAAAGAAGAAGAUACAGGUAAACAAAGUCUUUUUCGUUACACGAAUUCUAUAACCGAAAAAUUUGGAGAAUCAUUCUACUUUUUAUCAAAUCAUAUUAAUUCAUAUUUCAAACGUGAGGAAAAAAUGUCUCAAAAAAAGGAAAAUAAACAUUUCCUGGACAAAUCAGAAGGUAAAAAUGUUGAAGAAGGGAAACCAAGUUCUCUAGAUCCUGGCAUCUUGACUGACAAGCCAGGCUCAGAAUCUUCUUUAGAUCCUGUGGACAAGUCUGCAAGUCCCAGUGGGAUACCUGACGUUCUUCCAGUGUCGACUAAACAAAGUAUUGCUAACUUUCUUUCCCGUCCCACCGAAGGUGUGCAAGCUUUAGUAGGUGGUUAUAUCGGUGGACUUGUCCCCAAAUUAAAGUAUGAUUCAAAAAGUCAGUCAGAAGAACGGGAAGAACCUGCUAAAACUGAGCAGGCUAUCAGCAAAGACAAAAAUGCAGAGGAGAAAAAGCGUUUAUCUCUUCAGCGAGAAAAGAUUAUUGCAAGAGUGAGUAUUGAUAACAGAACCCGGGCAUUAGUUCAGGCAUUAAGAAGAACAGCUGACCCAAAGCUCUGCAUUACUAGGGUUGAAGAAUUGACUUUUCAUCUUCUAGAAUUUCCUGAAGGAAAAGGAGUGGCUGUCAAGGAAAGAAUUAUUCCAUAUUUAUUACGACUGAGACAAAUUAAGGAUGAAACUCUUCAGGCUGCAGUUAGAGAAAUUUUGGCCUUAAUUGGUUACGUGGAUCCAGUGAAAGGCAGAGGAAUCCGAAUUCUUACAAUUGAUGGUGGAGGAACAAGGGGUGUGGUUGCUCUUCAAACACUACGAAAAUUAGUUGAACUUACUCAGAAGCCAGUGCAUCAGCUCUUUGAUUACAUUUGUGGUGUGAGCACAGGUGCCAUAUUAGCUUUCAUGUUGGGAUUGUUUCAUAUGCCCUUGGAUGAAUGUGAGGAACUUUAUCGAAAAUUAGGAUCAGAUGUAUUUUCACAAAAUGUCAUUGUUGGAACAGUCAAAAUGAGUUGGAGCCAUGCAUUUUAUGACAGUCAAACGUGGGAAAAGAUUCUUAAGGAUAGAAUGGGAUCUGCACUAAUGAUUGAAACAGCAAGAAAUCCCACAUGUCCUAAGGUAGCUGCUGUAAGUACCAUAGUAAACAGAGGGAUAACGCCGAAAGCUUUUGUGUUCAGAAACUAUGGUCAUUUUCCUGGAGUCAACUCUCAUUAUUUGGGAGGCUGUCAGUAUAAAAUGUGGCAGGCCAUUAGAGCCUCAUCUGCUGCUCCAGGCUAUUUUGCUGAAUAUGCAUUGGGAAAUGAUCUUCAUCAAGAUGGAGGUUUGCUUUUGAAUAACCCUUCAGCAUUGGCAAUGCAUGAGUGUAAAUGUCUUUGGCCAGAUGUCCCACUAGAGUGCAUAGUAUCCCUGGGCACCGGGCGUUAUGACAGUGACGUGAGAAACACCGUGACACACACAAGCUUAAAAACCAAACUUUCUAAUGUUAUCAACAGUGCUACAGAUACAGAAGAAGUCCAUAUAAUGCUUGAUGGUCUGUUACCUCCUGACACCUAUUUUAGAUUCAAUCCUGUAAUGUGUGAAAACAUACCUCUCGAUGAAAGUCGAAAUGAAAAGUUGGAUCAGCUGCAGUUGGAAGGGUUGAAGUACAUAGAAAGAAAUGAACAAAAGAUGAAAAAGGUUGCAAAAAUAUUAAGUCAAGAAAAAACAACUCUGCAGAAAAUUAAUGAUUGGAUAAAAUUAAAAACUGACAUGUAUGAAGGCCUUCCAUUCUUUUCAAAACUGUGAUGAGUGUGUGCAUAUGUUCUCAUAAAUGAAGGCCUGUCCAGAAGAUUCACCAAAUUCAGUAAGAAAUUGUGGGGUUCAACGUGAGUUAAUGUUGAAAUACUUACAAAUUCUGGGAAAUCCUGAAAAAGAUGGUGCUUUGGCCAGCUUGCACAGCACAGAGGAUAUGCUUGGCUACAGAAUUCAUGUGGGAAUUAGGUUUUUAAAAUGUUAAUAAUUAACUAAACUUUAGGAAUUGUAUUAUUGUGCUAGUUGGUUUUAAUAGAUAUUGGUGUUAUACUGUUUGAUGUUUGAAAAUGUAUUAAUGUAUGUGCCAAACAAGAAACUAAAAACUAUCAUAUCCUCCUUUUAUUUUUGCUUCAGUCAUCAUAAUCAUGUUGAAUUUAUGUGAUCAUUGAUUUUAUUUCAUUUGGAAAGCUAAUUUCUUCUUAAAUUUACAUUAUUUAAUGUUUUCACUAGCUACCUUUUGCAAUCCACAUGCCACCUUUUACUACAAUUCCAUCUAAAUAGAUGCAGAAAAUGGAAUUUUCUCUACUAAAGUACUUUUACAUUUGAAAUAUGAAAGAACCAAAUACAGUUUUCUAUUCAGAAUUUGCUUAUUUUAACAUUAUGGGGUUAAAAAAAGGUGAAGUUCUAAUCAACCACUUUUUCCCCUGAAAUUUCCAGAUAAUGCUGUGUUAACUUUUCCAGCUCUAGCUCUAGCUUAUCAUUUCCUGUUAUAAAGUUGUUUGAAUUUACUGAGAAAAUAUUCCUAUCAUUAACAAAAAUAAACUGUUGAAAUAAUCUGCUGUUAAAA